UGCGCCAUUUGCUCAACCAAAAAUAUAUAACCACUCAGCUCCAUCUGAAUCUUAAACUCCACCGGAAAAUUCGACAAUGCCGAUUCACCGGAUCGCCAUCGGCAACCCCGGCGAGGCCGCUCACCCCGACGCCCUCAGGGCCGCGUUCGCCGAGUUCUUCUCCAUGGUCAUUUUUGUUUUCGCCGGACAAGGCUCCGGCAUGGCUUUCACUAAGCUAACCGACGGCGGAGCUUCGACGCCUUCCGGGCUAAUAGCGGCGGCGCUAUCCCACGCAAUGGCGCUCUUUGUGGCGGUUUCAGUCGGCGCCAACAUCUCCGGCGGCCACGUGAAUCCCGCGGUGACAUUUGGAGCCUUCAUCGGAGGACACAUCACACUUUUAAGGAGCAUACUGUACUGGAUCGCCCAACUCCUCGGUUCCGUCGUCGCCUGCCUCCUCCUCAACUACGCCACCGGCGGAAUGGAAACCUCGGGAUUUGGACUCUCAACCGGUAUAACGACCUGGAACGCGGUGACGUUCGAGAUCGUGAUGACAUUCGGGCUGGUCUACACGGUGUACGCCACGGCCGUGGAUCCAAAGAAGGGAGAUUUGGGAAUCAUUGCGCCCAUUGCCAUCGGUUUCAUCGUGGGCGCCAACAUCUUAGCCGGCGGGGCCUUCGACGGCGCCUCCAUGAACCCCGCGGUGGCCUUCGGGCCUGCGGUGGUCAGCUGGACAUGGACCCACCACUGGGUUUACUGGCUCGGCCCCUUCGUCGGCGCCGCCAUUGCCGCUCUUGUCUAUGACAACAUCUUCAUUGGAGGCCACCCUCAUGAACAGCUCCCAGUCACAGACUAUUGAGAAAUUUGGUUCCCUCAUUUUAUAUGGGACAUGAAGUUUGGUGGAGGGUAAGAAAGUGUUUAUUAUACAUUAUUUGGUGGGUUUUUGAUCUGCUGUUUUAGCACUUUGAACUGUUCUUGUUGGAUUUGUAAUCUUGUUUUUUUUUUUUUUAGUGUUUCUCCUUUCCCAGAAUGUUCUGUAUCUUGUUUUGGUAGUUAAUGAUUGAUUGAAUGUCUGUUUCUGUUUCA